UUUCCACAAAUAUGGCCGACAAUGAUGGCUGAUCCUCUUCGUCGACCUGACCAAGUGUCUCCUAAGUCGAGCCCCCGGGACAGGGGCUCGAGGUCCCCAGCCUACCCUAGACAAGACUCAACAGGGACCCUCAAGACAACCAUAAGCCUGGGAAAAAUCCCUUCCGUUAUUCACACCGGACCCUUCUACUUGAUGAAAGAUGUUCCGGAACCUGCUGAGAUCACCGGCAGCACCAAUUUACUGUCACAGUAUGGGCUUGAGCACUCCUACAGCAAGUUCUGUGGCAAGAAAGUUAAAGAGGAACUCAGCGCAUUCCUCCCUCAUCUUCCAGGCAACAUCGACAGUCCCGGGAUGCAAGACAACAGUUCACUGCGGUCGUUGAUAGAGAAGCCGCCAAUCAUAGGCAAAGAGUUAUCUUCCCUUGCUGGGUCUGCUCUGACUGGGUUCCGGCUCCACCCAGGACCGCUUCCGGAGCAGUAUCAGCUGUUGAACCAGAUGACCCAGAAGAGGAAGCACAAGAGGAAGAAGAAGCACAAGGAAGGGGAGAAGGGGAGUGCACUCCAGGAAACUCAGACUGAAAAUGCAGCUGAUGCGGAAGCUAAGAAAGUGAAGAAACCAAGGAAGGAUGAAGACAACAGCAAGGACAAUAGCAAGAAGAAGGAGAAGAAGAAGAAGAAAAAGAAGAAAAGACACAGUCCAGAACAUCAACCUUCUGCAACACAGGGCAGUGAAGGAGCUUCAUGAAGCAUACCAUAGGAUGCAGAAUGUGGGCGGAGUCUCGCCACGUGACAUAGAAUGUGGGAGGAGUCUCGCCGUGACAUAGAAUGUGGGUAGAGUCUCGCCAUGUGACAUAGAAUGUGUGCGGAGUCUCACCAUGUGACAUAGAAUGUGAGCAGAGUCUCACCAUGUGACAUAGAAUGUGGGUAGUCUCGCCAUGUGACAUAGAAUGUGAGCGGAGUCUCACCAUGUGACAUAGAAUGUGAGCAGAGUCUCACCAUGUGACAUAGAAUGUGGGCGGAGUCUCACCAUGUGACAUAGAAUGUGGGUGGAGUUGUGGGACACAGAUCAUAGCAUGUGACAGAAUGUACGUGUCUCGUGGCCAUGUGCAGAUUCACAUAUGAGGAUGAAUGUUGGCGGAGUCUGAUAUUCCACAGGUGCAUUUUGAAAUUUUGUUGGAUGCUGAAUGCAACUGACAGAGUUGCCUCCCUCAAGUGUUGAUAGAAACUCAAAGCAAAAGGGUGCUGUGAAAGGGACCUUUUCCAGAUUUUACAACAGAAAAAGACACAGGCAGUUACUUUGCAGCAUCCUCUAUUAUCAAAUUUGUCAUGUCUCUAUUGUAUUAUGCCAAGUGGUUCAGGUGUUUGUUCGUCAUGGUAAUAGCCUGUUUGUAGAGCACUGACACAAGUACAAUGUGCUUGCCCACAUCUGGUGUCCCAUGACGUGGUACUACUCGAACACGGCAAAAGUGAUGCAAAAUUGUACUCUCCUUCAUUUCCCUCUAUAGCCUCAGUUUGGAAGUGAUGUCACAUCUCCUGUCUCUUACAAUGCCUUCUAAACCCAAAAUCUGUCGUAAUAGAACUGAGACAUAUACACUAGAUAUUUAAGGCUAUUUGGAAUGUGGACUUGUUUUACUGAAAUAAAAUGUCAUAGUGAUGUCAGUAUUCUGUAGUAUCUGUGGCUCCAAUAAUAGACGUGAAGGUCGAAACUUUGAGAAUUGAUUGCACAGAUUAGUCAGAAUACAGGGAUUUUCCUGGGCUAUUUUUCUGUUGUUAAUUAGUGGUCCAUUGGACUCCCAACUGUGUAACUGUAGUGGUGUGAGUGUGAAAACUAUGUCUCCCACACAAAUAGGGGCCUGAGAGAAAUAAUGAAAGUUUAAUAUCAUACUCAACCGCAGUUGACACAAGAUUGCUCAUGUUCAGAGUCUGUUAGUUGAAAAUAGAGAUCUCCAUCUAAAUACUUGUGUUAAAUCAUGAAACAGUCAACAGUUUUGCAGUUAUUAAAUGAUACGUGGAAAGUCAUUAUUUUGCAGGGAUGGGGGUGUUAGCUUGAGAUUUGGUGCUUCCCUGCACAAUUGGUUCUAAAUUAAAUGAAAAGGGAAAAUAUAUACAGGUAACCAACCCACCAGCAACAGAAUAUGGUCUCUGUCACACUACAGGGUUCGCUCAAGCUCAACACAUCGGUAGGGCAAUAUGUGGAUGGUGAGAACCAACCAGAAAUAUUAAUUUCACUUUAUAUUCAACUCCUACUGCAUCAGACAUGCAGUUUUCCUGUGUGAGCGUGAACCCUGUUGUGACUGAAUUGUUGUCUACCCAACAACAGUUGUUUCACAAAUUGUAAACACUAAAUAUGAUUAUUGUUUCGCUCAGGUAUUUAUGUGGGUUUUUAUACAAACCAGGAUGCAACAUUAAGUGAAUUUAUUAAUAUACCCUACUUAAGAAAUGACUGUUCGUUGUGUAGGGCACCUGUCAUGGCAGGUUUAAGUUUUUAUAGCACCUCUAUUUGUUGUAUGUAUAUUUUGUACUGACGAAUUCUCUGUGUUUCAGAAAUAAAAGAUCUGAAAUAUG